AUGGUAAACAUGUUGCCAACACCAGGUUCUCUCAAGCUAAAUGUGGAUGUUGCACUCAAUCUUGAGAAUGGACUCAUUGGUUUUGGUGCGAUUGAGAAGGAUGGCAGAGCUUCUGGUGUGACUAAUCGGGGUAGGAGAGGUAAGGUUGCGAAGGAAAAGGAGAAGGAAGUGGAAUGUGCUUUGGGGGUGGAGAAUGCAGAAGCGGUGGAUGUAGUUGAGGUGGUUGAGAAACCAAGGCGGGGGAGGAAACCUAGGGUUUUGAAGAGUGUGGUUGAGGAGAAGGAGAAGGAGGAGCAAGAGCAUGAAGAGAAAAUGGGGCAGCUGCGGCAAGUGAGAACGAGGCGAACUCGGAGCUCCAAAAAGGAGGAAAAUGCAAUGUCUUGUUCAGUUGUUGAGAAAAUUCCAGAGAAUUCUGAUGUAGAAGGUGAACAAAUUAAGGUUGGCAAUAAGAAGACUACUCGUGCCGGCGGUGGCACAAGGAGGAGGAAGAAUUCACCACAGAAGUCGCCUGAUUGUGUAGAAGUCAUUGAUCUUAAGGAUGAGUUGAUUAUGAGUGUACAUGAGUGUGAAAAGGCAGUCAGCGAGCUUGGUGUCGAAGAAGUUUGUGAAAAGGUCGUCGGGGAGCAUCGUGUUGAAGAAGUUGGCGCUGGUGAGCUUUGUGUUGAAGAAAUUGGUGAAAAGGAGGAUCAUGGCAGAGAUGCGUGUGGCAUCAGUGGAGAGGAAAAAAAGGAUAGUGCUUCUGGUUCUAAAGAGAAGUUGGGUGAAUCUGGAAAGGAGCUGGAUUUGGAGAAGAUGACACUUGGAGAGUGGUUUGAUUAUUUGGAGAUUGCUUUGUCGAAACAGAUAAUUGAAGCAAGUGAGGAGAUGAUCAAGGGUAUGAGACUGAAAGCCGAAAGGGUUCACAAUUACAUGGCAGAGCAUAAGAAUGAGAAGGCCAAAGUGCCUGUAGGCAAGAGUUAGAAGCACCUAUUGUUCUUACUGAGCUCUAUCUCCACUGAAACUAUCUGUAGUAUAAUUAGCCUCAACAAAUGUUUUAAAGGAUAAGCUUCUCCUUAAUGGCUUCUUUUAUCGUCAACUUCAUGUGUACUGCGAAUGCCUUACAAUGCAGGCUUGGUGACAACAUGAUCUAUAGCAUAUAUAUAUGGCAUCCAGGUUGGUCACGUAUUACGACCUUGUUGCUGAUGAUG